AUGGUCGUGUUAUGGAUUACACUGCUUUGUCUUCAUCCAGUAUAUACGCUGCUUCCAGUGAAAACAGUUCAUCUUGGUGAACCAGCCACAUUUACAUGUGUUAUACCAAACGCUGAAUUCAGCGAUAGAGGAAUCCACUGGUACAAGCAGAGUGUUGGAGAUUCUCUUAAUAUAAUUGUAACAUUGUUUAAAUCCGUAACAGAGUACGCAUCAAACGUUUCAAAAUCAAGAUUUGACUUAUGUACUGAUAACAGUUUUAGUAACCUGACCAUUUUGAGCACAGUUGAAGAGGAUGAAGGAAUGUACCACUGUGGAGUCACAGAGUGGAUGAAGACUAAAUGGAGUGGGACAUAUUUGUUAGUAGAAGGAAACACUGAGAGGACUGUUGUUCAGACAGUAUCAUAUCCAGUCGGUCCAGGAGACUCAGUGACUCUCCAGUGUUCAGUCGUCUCUGACUCUCAGAACAAGACGUGUCCAGGAAAUCUCAGUGUGUUCUGGUUCAGAGCUGGAUCACAGACAUCUCAUCCAAUCAUCAUCUACACAGAUGGAGAUAUGAGUAAUAAAUGUGAGAAGAGAUCUGAGACUCAGAAGAGAUGUAUCUACAGCUUCUCUAAGGACGUCAGCUCCUCUGAUGCUGGGACUUACUACUGUGCUGUGGCCACAUGUGGAGAGAUAUUAUUUGGAAAUGGAACUAAACUGGAAGCUGAUCAAACAGCAAGUUCUGUGUUAGUUAUUGUGUUGGUGGUAGCAAUCAUCUGCUUGGCCAUUUCUAUGAUUAUGAAUCUAAUUUUCAUCUGUUGUGGAACUCAGAAAGGACUAUGUGGACAACAUGAAGGUAAGUGUAGUUUACUUACUUUGUUCACCUCCUGUUUGUUCAGAGAAUACUGAAUACUACAACUAAGAUCUCUUUAGUUUUGAUUCGCUAUUCCUCUUGCAGUCCAUCACCGAGUCGUUGAUCCUAAUUUAAAAGUCAAAUUAAUGUGCUUGUUUUUAUUCAUACGUAGCGACAAAAA